AUAGCAUCAACAGAAGACGCGGGCGGUGAUGAGAGGCCCUCCCUGCUUUUUUCCUCAGUUCUGAGAGGUUUGAGUUUGGGCAGUAGCAGCAGCAGUAUAACAGUAGUCGUCCAGAUAGAUGAUCCAUCCACGUUUCUCCUGACGCUUCCUAUAGCUUCUUCUUAGGCUCCUAGGGGGGGUGUAGGUAGGAAUGCAUGCUUUUCCAAAGCUCUCCAAAGGCACAGUGUGGAGCAUGCACGUCCACCUGCAGUGUGCAGUACUGCGCCACAGCAGAGGAGGGGUGUGAAGUGGAAGGCUUACGGAUGGGACACCUGCUCCAUCCUCCCAGCCUGACACCACUGGAGGCCAUAUUUGGGGCGGGUGAGGCGGUGGUACUGAUGGUAGUGGUGGUGGUGGUGGUAGAGUAGGGAUGGAUGUGGGAGCAGACAUGUGCUGGGGUGAAGUGAUCUGAGAAAGAGCCGGGCGUUUCUUCUCAGUGAGGGGGAAAAAGAGUAAGAGAGAGAGAAAGAAAGAGAGGAUAAUAAGGGAAGCUAUGCAUAUCUGGAGAGAAGACAUGCAGCAGCAGGAGCAACAGAGGCGCGGAGAGACAGAACUGAAGGGUCUCUGAAGAAGGCGGACCCCUUUCCUCCUUCUUCACACACUGCACACGUUGGGACUGCUUGCUUUGGUUGCUUUUUCCUCUCUUGUGCUCGCGUCUCUUCUUCACUCCUGCAGAGAUGGGCUUCUUCUUGAAGGACGCGCGCGUACCCGGAGCGCAUCGCCGUCUUAUUUGACCAUCGUCGCCCCUCUUUAUUAUCUAUCUGGGUCAUCCGAAAGGAGCUUGGAGCAGGUGGAUGCAUGGAUGGAUAGAUGGACGGAUGGACGGACCGCAUGGACGAAACGAAAAAUGACUGAGUAAUUCGCAAAGGAAAACGACGGCUUUUCCAGCAGCUGCAAAGCUAAUCUCCCUCUUAUCUCCACAAGGUGUGUUAUCACAACAGUGAAUCCAGAUGGAGACGCUAUUUGUUUACUUGGUGGUCAUUGUCAUGGCAGUAAAAGCCCAGAAGAUCCAAAUAUGUCCCAAACGCUGCAUUUGUCAGGUGCUGUCUCCCAACCUGGCCACCUUAUGUGAUAAAAAGGGGCUGCUUUUUGUGCCCCCGAACAUUGACAGGCACACUGUCGAACUGCGGCUGGGUGACAAUUUUGUAACGACCAUUAAACGGAAGGACUUUGCCAACAUGACCAAGCUUGUAGACCUGACCCUCUCUAGAAACACAAUAGGCUCUGUGGCACCUCAUGCUUUUAACGACUUGGAGAACUUGCGUGCCCUACACCUGGACAGCAAUCGUCUUACGCGCAUCACGAACGACACGUUUAGCGGUAUGUCUAAACUCCAUCAUCUCAUUCUGAAUAACAACCAGCUCACUUACAUCCACAUCGGAGCCUUUAAUGAUCUCCUGGCCCUCGAGGAGCUUGAUCUAUCCUACAACAACCUAGAGGGUGCUCCAUGGGUGGCCAUCCAGCGUAUGAUCAGCCUCCACACCUUAAGCCUGGACCAUAACAUGAUUGAUUAUAUACCUGAGGGGACGUUUUCAGGACUCCUGAAGCUCAAGCGACUAGACGUUACCUCCAACAAGCUCCAGAAGCUUCCACCGGAUCCGGUCUUCCAGCGAGCAGGUGUUUUGGCCACCUCAGGUAUCUUGGGGCCAUCAUCAUUUGCACUGAGUUUUGGAGGGAACCCACUGCGCUGUAACUGUGAGCUGCUGUGGUUAAGGAGGCUGCGGCGUGAGGAUGACCUGGAGACGUGUGCGGCUCCCCAACACCUUUCUGGACGCUACUUUUGGACAGUGUCUGAGGAAGAGUUUCUGUGUGAGCCUCCUCUCAUUACACGUCACUCGCAGGAGACCAGGGCAUUGGAGGGUCAGCAUGUUACCCUGCGCUGCAAAGCUCGGGGGGACCCAGAUCCCGUCAUCCACUGGAUCGCCCCUGAUGGAAGGCUGGUUUCCAACUCAUCCAGAACGGUUGUCCACAGUGACGGGACACUAGAAAUACUCAUUAGCACAGUGAAGGAUUCAGGUUCUUUUACCUGUGUGGCGUCCAACCCAUCUGGAGAAGCUCAACAGAGUGUGGACUUGCUUAUCACCAAACUUCCGCAUUUCACGAAUGACACAAGCCUGGUCCAGGAGCCUGACCCUGGCUCGUCAGACAUUGCUACAUCCACUAAAGUGGGUGGAGAUGGAAGCCCUGCCAUUGGCAACACCAAAGCUGGACAAGAAAAGCGGGUGGUGAUCUCUGAAAUCACGUCCUCCUCAGCCCUGGUGAAGUUCAACCUGCAGCGGAAUAUUCCAGGGAUUCGGAUGUUCCAAAUCCAGUACAACGGCACUUAUGAUGACUCUCUGGUGUACAGAAUGAUCCCCCCAACCAGUAAAACCAUCCUCGUCAACAAUUUAGCAGCUGGGACGCUGUAUGACCUCUGUGUGCUAGCCAUUUAUGAUGAUGUGAUCACCACCCUGACGGCUACACGUGUGGUGGGAUGCCUUCACUUCUCCACAGAGCCCCAGUAUCUCCGCUGCCACUUCAUGCAGUCCCAGUUUCUCGGAGGCACCAUCGUCGUCAUCAUCGGAGGCGUCAUCGUGGCCUCUGUCCUGUCUUUCAUCAUUUUCCUCAUUGUGCGCUACCGGGUUUGCAACCAGGAGGGAGCAGACAAGGGGGUGGAGCUGGGUGACUUGCGUUCGCAGUCCAGGAGUGAGCAGCUGCAGGGCUGCGGAAUCAUCAAAUCCAUGUCAAAGCAGGUUCUUGGUGCAGAAAGGGACUCCUGCCGGAAAGUGUCACCACAGAUGGAGUCAGUUCCAGCUCCUGCUCAAGCCGUGGCGCCCCAGCCGAAGCCUCGACCGCCCCCUAAACCCAGCCUCCCCGACUGCACAGUGUCUACCUCUGCCGCCAGCCACAGCUGGCACCCCGCCUCUCCCAACACCCGACGCCCCGCGCAUGCUGUCGCCGCCGCCACCGCUAAACCUGCCAUCCCACAUAAAAAGGACACGCAGGUCAGCAUGGAGCCCGACAACAGCAACAAAAACAACUCAACCAAGGCUCGGCCCAAAUCGGCUCAAAUCCGGGCCUACUCCACCAUGGUGACCCCGGCAUCCAGGAGAGCACAGCUGGAAUCCUUGCACAACUACAUGACUGUCCCGGUGGGGUACGCGAGAGUGAGCCGCAGGCACUCUCUGAAUGUAGACUCCUGUAAACAACCAAGUUACAUGACUUACCAGCAGCAGCAGCAGCAGACUGGCAGCCUGCGCUCCAAACGCAGCCUGUCGAUGAGCGGCGAUCUGCCCCAGUUGGACACUUCAGGCAGACUCCACGGGAAAGACUCACUGUCCAGAUCAGAGUGGGUUCUAGAAAGCACACUAUAAUGAAGAUUUUUAUUUUGUUAAAAAUCUUACUGCAUUGGUUUUUGAUGGACUCACAGAUCUAUUAUGAUCUGAUGUCUUAUAGCUAAGACUGCGAACCUUUUAAAAAGUCUUCAGAUUCCAUCUUGGACAUGGCACUCUUAUAUUAUGUGAAUUAAAAAAAAAGAGAAACCUAACAUAAAGGACUGGUACAUGCCAAUGUUUUUUAAGCACAAGCAAAAUACCAUUUUCUGCAUAUUCUAAAAUAAUCCCACCUGUACACUACUUUGUUAUAUGGAAUAAUACAUAUGGUACAUCGUGUACAAACAUGUUACAUUGUGUAAAAUAAAAUGUGAAAAGCCA